GCCGGGAGGCGGCGCUUGCCCAGUACCGGCUCACGGCCCGCUCCCCAGCUUCUUCCCUCUCUCCGCGCCCACCCGCCCUCCGCUUCUCUGCUCUCGUGUGCCGCCGCCAUGGGUGUCCCCAAGUUUUACCGCUGGAUCAGCGAGCGCUACCCGUGCCUGAGCCAAGUGGUGAAGGAGCAUCAGAUUCCGGAAUUUGACAAUCUCUACUUGGAUAUGAAUGGAAUUAUCCACCAAUGCUCUCACCCAAAUGAUGAAGACGUGCACUUUCGAAUCUCUGAAGAAAAGAUAAUUGCUGAUAUUUUCCACUAUGUGGAAGUUCUGUUUCGGAUCAUUAAGCCAAAAAAGAUCUUUUUCAUGGCUGUUGACGGUGUGGCUCCAAGAGCAAAAAUGAAUCAGCAACGUGGCAGACGUUUUAGAUCAGCAAAGGAAGCAGAAGAAAAAAUUAAGAAGGCCUUGGAGAAAGGAGAAAACCUUCCUACAGAAGCCAGAUUUGACUCCAACUGCAUCACCCCAGGCACUGCUUUUAUGGCCAGGUUACAUGAGCAGCUAAAAUAUUUCGUAAAUAUGAAGAUUUCAAGUGAUAAAUCUUGGGAAGGUGUGACUGUAUACCUGUCAGGUCAUGAGACCCCAGGGGAAGGAGAACACAAAAUCAUGGAAUUUAUUAGAGCUGAGAAAAGAAAACCGGAUCAUGAUCCCAAUACAAGACAUUGUCUCUAUGGGCUGGAUGCUGAUUUAAUUAUGCUUGGAUUAACAAGCCAUGAACCAAAUUUUUCCCUUUUGAGGGAAGAAGUUCGAUUUGGUGGCAGAAAAUCUCAAAAAAGGAUUGCUGCAGUUGAGGAAACCACAUUUCACUUGUUACAUCUGUCCCUAAUGAGAGAGUAUAUUGACUAUGAAUUUUCAUCGAUUAGAGGAAAGAUUUCCUUUGAGUAUGACCUUGAACGGAUAAUAGAUGACUGGAUAUUGAUGGGAUUUCUUGUUGGUAAUGAUUUUAUUCCUCAUCUACCUCAUUUACAUAUCAAUCAUGAUGCACUGCCUUUGCUAUACAAGACAUAUAUUGAGGUCCUCCCAACUCUUGGAGGGUAUAUUAAUGAAGGCGGAACUUUAAAUUUGGAACACUUUGAGAAGUAUCUUGUAAAACUGUCAGAGUUUGAUCGUGAACAUUUCAGUGAAGUUUUUGUUGACCUGAAGUGGUUUGAAAGCAAAGUAGGCAAAAAAUACCUCAAUGAGGCAGCAGGCAUUGCAGCAGAGGAAGCAAAACGGCGUAGAAAGAAAAAUAAGAUUCGAGAUGAUUUGUGCCUAGCGGUACUAGAUGAAGGUCAAAGUGAAGCAGAAGCCUGCUUGGACUGCAGUACUGAAUUGAAUCACAAAGACCUAUUGGACAAUGACAAAGAUGAGGACGAUGAGGAUGAUCUGUUUGAGACAGAAUUCAGGCAGUACAAGAGAGUUUACUACAUGACUAAAAUGGGCGUAGAAGUUGUUUCUGAUGAAUUUCUUGCUCAACAGGCAGAGUGUUAUGUUCAAGCAAUACAAUGGAUUUUGCACUAUUAUUACCACGGUGUACAGUCCUGGAGCUGGUACUACCCUUUCCAUUAUGCACCUUAUCUGUCGGACAUCUGCAAUAUUAGUAAGUUGAAGAUGACAUUUGAUAUGGGAAGACCAUUCAAGCCAUUUGAGCAGUUACUUGCUGUUCUGCCAGCAGCUAGCAAAGAUCUUCUGCCCAGUUGCUACCAGUUUUUAAUGACUGAUGAAGAAUCUCCAAUCAUAGAGUACUAUCCUCCAGACUUCAAAACUGAUCUAAAUGGCAAGCAACAGGAGUGGGAAGCUGUUGUACUGAUUCCAUUUAUUGAUGAGAAACUAUUAUUGACAGCAAUGGAACCUUGUAAUGAGCAUCUUUCAGAGGAAGAGAUACAGCGCAAUCGGCAUAGUGGGUGCAUCAAGUAUUGGUAUGAUAAAGAAAUUGAAUUCAAAUAUCCAUCACCGUGGGCAGAAAAAUUUCCAGAUGUGAAACAAUGUCAUGCAAGGCAUGACGAGAUUCCCAUUGAUGCGUGGAGAGUACCUCUUAGUUACAUGUUAAACACAGUCACUGACAACAGUUCUGUUUACUUUUGUGGCUUUCCAACUCUGAAGCAUAUUAAGCAUAAGUUCUACUUAAAGAAAAGUGGGGUUCAAGUCUUUCAACAGCCGAGCCGUGGAGAAAAUAUGCUCUUGGAGCUAUUGCCCAACAAGGAGGAGGAAAAUGUGGAUGACGUUGCUAAUCAGGAGCUGGGAAGGUCUAUCUUUUUGAAUUGGCCUCAUCUUGAGGAAGCUCGAGUUGUUGCAGUGUCAGAUCAAGAAACAAAAUUUUAUUUAGAAGAACCCCCAGGAGUGCAGAAGAUUUAUACUGGGAAAACUCCACCACCUACUAAAGUAGUUUACCUUGGUGAUGCAGAACAAGACAUGUGGACGAGAGAAGUGAAUAAUAUAACAGAAUUUUACCACAAAAGGAAAGGAAUCCUUAUCAAUGAAACAUCAGUGCUUGUAUAUGCACAGCUCCUCACAGGUCGUCGAUAUGUAUUUGGUCGCAAUGGUGAAGUUACUUUGGAGAAAGAAUGGUCAAAGCAAAUACUUCCAUUUGCUCAUCAUACCACAGUGAGGAACCUAAAAUCAUUUGAUUCCAGUUUCUCUCGCUUCCACACGUUGGAUGAAUUAUUUCCACCCAGAAUUAAUGUUUUCAUGAUGGGGACUCCCUACUAUGGCUGCAUGGGAGAGGUUCAAGACUCUUUGGAUGUUAUCACAGAUGGGAGAAUCCGUGUGGUUUUCAGUGUUCCAUGUGAACCUCAGUUAGAUGGCAUUAUUCAAAACCAGCAUAAAUAUUCUACAAAAUAUAACCCUGGCUAUGUCGUGGCCAGCCGCCUUGGAGUUACUGGGUAUCUUGUGUCAAGGUUAACAGGCAGUUUGUUUAUUGGGAGAGGAUCAAAGGAAAACCCUCUUGGAGAACAGAAAAUAAAUGUGGGGUUGAAUCUGAAGUUUAAUAAGAAGAAUGAAGAAGUGCCAGGUUACACGAAGAAAGUUGGGAAUGAGUGGCUAUACUCUUCUGCUGUUGAACUGAUUCUGAGUGACUAUCUCGAGAGGUUCCCUGAACUGAUAUGCCACAUUGCUAAAAACAGCCAAGAGGAUCUGUACUAUGAGGAUGACAUUUGGUCUGGAGAGGAUGUUAAUGGUCCUGAAAAGGUCCAGGAAAUUGGAGCCUGGUUGAAGACACAUCCUGUCAGUAGUUUGUCAAGAGCAUCUUGUGACUUGAACUUAUUGGAUGCAGCAGUCAUUGAAAAGAUUGAAGAGGAGGUAGAAAGCUGCAAGCAAAGAAGAAGUAACAAGAAAGUAAGAGUGACUGUGAAGCCACAUCUGUUGUACAGGCCUCUGGAGCAGCAACAUGGUAUAGUCCCAGACAAAGAUGCAGAGUACCUUUUAUUUGAUCGUGUUGUGAAUGUGAGGGAGGACUUCUCUGUUCCUGUUGGUCUUCGAGGAACUAUCAUAGGAAUGAAAGGAGCUGAGCGAGAAUCUGAUGAAUUUUAUGAAGUGUUAUUUGAUGAAGAAUUUCCAAGUGGACUUAGUAUAAGAUGCUCUCCGGGCCGAGGUUAUAGACUUCCAAAGUGUGCCUUAAUCAACCUCAGUCAUGGUAAUCGCUUGGAGUUCGGAAACCAGAAAGCAGCAACAUUAUUAAAACCACAGCCAGCACCAGUACCUCAACAUCCUAUGUAUCCUUCUUCACAGUCUGCUCAGAAAGUAUCAACAGGGGGUUUGAACCACUCCCCUCGGUCCCUAUUUGUACCCACACAGCAACUGAAUGGAAGACAACCAUAUCUCAGGGCAGAAAAUCAGAGCAAUCAAAUCAACCAUCAGAAAGCAAAUGGACCAUCUAGCUUUCAAAGAAAUGAUGAUCAUGAACACAAGGGAGCAUCUGCUAAAGCGGAUCAGCUGAAACUGGAUGAGUUUUCCAAUGUAUGGCAGUCCUUACAAAAUAAUUUUGGAAUUUCACCCGUCCCUAUACAAAGCAAUUCUCAUAGUGCAGAAUUAGCCUGCAAACCUUCUUCCAGUUGGCAAGAAAAGCCCGUGUCUGGUUCAGCAUCCAUUUCAGGAAUUCCAUCCCAAAAUCCCACGACUGCAGAAAAUAGUACGCAACCAUUCAAAACAGAUGGGCAACAAAAGCAGAGAUGGGUACCAGGAGAGCAAGUGGCACGGAGCAGGAAAGCAAAAGAGGACAACUCUGAAAAUUUCAGGGCAAGGACUCGGGGACCUGAAAACUCUGGCCAGUCACUCUCAUCACUUUCUAAACUGCCAAGUAAACAGGUGUGUACUGGCAAUAGUAAACAAAGUAUGAAAAUUCUCAGAAGGAAUGAAGAGUCAAGUGAACAGAAGCCUGUUGUAGUAAACUGUCAGUCAUCUUCAUCUUCAACAGAAAAGAGUAAUUCUUCCACCAAGGUCUCAUCUGAUUUUGAAGAACUGUUAGUUUCAUUAAAGACAUCCAGUGGACAAGCAGGGAAAGAUGCACAAGACUCACAGUCCAAAGAAAAUAAGGGAAAUAAUGGAGAACCUUUAUCCCCACAGUCUUUUGCAAUGAAAGGAACACAAAUGUUAAAGGAGAUUCUGAAGAUAGACGGAGCACAUUCAACCCCUGAGAAAGAAACUAACAUAUCUUCUAAUGUAAAGCAAGACACGUCUCCAGCUGCUUCAGUCCAUCAUGAGAAAGCAGGAUAUACCUCCCACCAGCGUCCAUUAAAAAAACUUGCUGCAAAAAUCAACAAACCUCAGGGGAUACUGGGUGGAGAAAUCUCAGGACAUUAUCGAGGGCAACAGCCUCCCCUGUCUAUUCCGGUGUCAGAGUUGUACGUCACUUGUGCCAGACUUGGUUUACCACAUCCAGAUUUCUCCUUUAUUAAGACCCCACAGGGCUUGAAGGUUUGCCAGGUGAAGUUAGCCAAUGGUUUGCUUGUGCAUGGACCUCAGUGCCAUUCAGAUAGUGAAGCCCAAGAAAAAGCUGCGGCAUUUGCAUUACAACGACUGAAUGCCACAGGGCAAAGUACACCCCUCGCUCCAAGCAUGUUUCCCGGUUAUCAGCCCAUGACAGGAAAUGUACCUCCUCGAGCCAUCCCACCACCCUUUGGUCAGGCCUCAGGUGGUAUCAUGCCUGCACCACCUCAUGGAUAUGGUCCUGUGCCUUGGACAAAUUUGAUUCCUCCCCAACUCUACAAUAACUUUCAGAUACCGUAUUCAGGCAAUAUCUGUCCUGGAGGAGUGCUUAUUGGUACUCACAAUCAAUUUGUGCCUUUACAGGUCACAAAGAGGAGGACAGCCUUCAACAAGACACAUGAUGAAAAGGAAUUCAGUCACUCUAUUCAGCAAAAGCUGAGUCAGCCAGCAACUACAAUGGAGUAUUCUAACGCAUCACAUGGGUAUCCUAGUGCCAGCACUUCAAGGAACUUCAUUCAGCCCAGCCAAACACCUCUAAAGUCCCAGGAUAAGACAGUUGUACAGACUUCCAGUCAACCUCAAGGGCAGCAACAGCCAAUAACAGUCUCUUCUGGCAGACGCAAGCAAAGAAAACUCGCAGUCAAUUUUGGAGCCCCUCGGCUGCCUCAGUAGUGAAGGUAUUCCUGAUCCAUUUUUAAUGUCACCUGAUGUCCUAUAUUUUGUCCACAUCUGCCAAUACUUUGUGAAUUGUCAUCAAUCGUCCAAGGAAGAGCUGCCUCCCCUAAUGCAAAAUCCCAACUCAACAUGUGUGACCUUGCUUAAUUUUAUAAAUUUCAUGUAAAUUUUAACUUUUAUUCAAUACAGUCAAUUAUGUCCAUUAGCACAGUUAUACCAAAAGCUUGAUAUGUACUUGUACAGCAAUGUAUUUUAUACGACUCAAAGAAGAAAAUCAACUUCUGAUGUAGAUGUUGUAGAAGUGCUUUAAGAUGGUUUUAUAGAAAAUCUCAAAAAUGAUUUACUGCCUGAUUUCUAGGUUCCUAUACAUAUACUUGUACUUUUUUUUUGGUUUUAGAAUACUGCAACUGUUUUAUCAACUUGUGACAAACAUUUUAAUGUUUAUCAGUGUGAAAAUUUUGCUUUUAUGAAUGCUCUUGAUGUUAUAUUAAAGCAGUUCCAUGUGGAUCACACUGGUUUAAAAUUGUACAGUGAAAGAAAGGCGAUGGCAGCACAUUAAUCAUAUUUAUUGAUGAAUGUGGACUUCUAACAUUUUGUGUAUUAAACAAUGGAGCAGUGACUGAUUUAAUAAAAGAGUACAAUUCAAUGUUGCACUUUCUGCUGAUGUGUAUAGGCAAGCUCAAUAUGACAAAUAAAGCAUUUUGUUACAAGUGUUUGAAAUGUG